AUGGCUGCAGUUGGAACGCUGUCCUCUGCCUCCUUGGCCAGUACUCAUCAUCGUAUCGUCAUCGUCGGAGGAGGCACUGCUGGUGUGACUGUUGCGGCACAGUUAUCUCGCUCUAAACAACUUGAGAAGCCGGAUAUCGCCAUUCUAGACCCCGCUGCCACGCAUCAUUACCAGCCAGGAUGGACGCUCGUCGGCUCGGGACUCAAGCCCCUGGCUCCUAUGCAGCGCCCGCUACCAUCAGUAAUUCCAGCUGGGGUGAAGCAUUACCCUUUGAACGUGUCCAAUUUUGACCCGGAAAACAAUGUGGUCAAGACUUCUGAGGGCACGCAAGUCUCUUAUGACUACCUCAUCGUCGCUCCGGGUCUCGAGACCAACUUUGGCGCCGUGUCUGGCCUCUCUGAGGCCCUGCAGGACCCUGCCAGCUCUGUCAGUUCUAUCUACUCUGCUCAGACUGUCGAGAAUGUCUGGAAGAACAUCCAGGGCUUCAAGCAAGGCAAUGCAAUUUUUACCCAGCCAGCUGGUAUUAUCAAGUGUGCCGGUGCGCCGCAGAAGAUUCUCUGGAUGGCCCUCUCGCAAUGGAAGCGAGAUGGAGUUCGAGAGAAUAUCAAUGCUACCUUUGCCACUGGUGCACCUGUGAUGUUUGCUGUCCCCAAAUACUCCCAGGCACUUGAGACACUUCGCCAGCAACGCAAUGUCGAGGGUCUGUUCCAACAUAACCUGACCGCUGUGGACGUGAAGAACAAGACAGCAGUCUUCAAAAAUCUGGCGAAGGACGGCGAGAGGGUAGAGAGACCAUUUGACUUCCUCCAUGUUGUACCCCCUCAGAAGCCAUGGGAUUGGAUCGCGAAAUCUCCUCUAGGCGACGCAUCUAGUCUGCCCAACAGCAAAACCGCCGCUGCUAUCUCCUCACAAGCCCCUGUUCUAGUACACAACCUACUCGCCACAAUUGCUGGAAAGGAGGGCAAGGCCGGUUAUGAUGGCUACGCCAGCUGCCCUCUACUUACAGGUCACAAUGAGCUUAUGCUAUGUGAGUUUAAGUAUGGCGGCGUUCCAAAGGAGACGUUUUCGGGCGUGUUUGGCGGCCAGGAGAAGCCAAGACGGGCAUUCUAUCACCUCAAGAAGGACUUUUUCCCCUACAUCUACUGGAACAGCUUCCUCAAAGGGACCUGGUAUGGUCCUCAAGGAUUCAGCCAGCCCAAGUACGACUAG